GAGAUAGAAUUGUAAAUAAAAGAGAAUUCGUGUCUUGUAUAUUAAUUUGAGAUUGUCAAAAACCCUCGGCCUCAUGUAUAUAUAUACGAACUCAGCCUCCAUUAUUAAUUCUCUCAUUUCAGUCUCUCUCUAGACUACAUUGAUUGAGAGCUGAAAAUCGUGAAAAUUGUGCAAUCAUGUUGGUUUAUCAAGAUUUGCUCACCGGUGAUGAACUCCUCUCCGACUCUUUUCCCUAUAAGGAAAUCGAGAAUGGAGCUCUAUGGGAAGUCGAGGGAAAGUGGGUAGUUACUGGAUCAGUUGAUGUCGACAUUGGUGCAAAUCCUUCUGCCGAAGGUGGUGGGGAGGAUGAAGGUGUUGAUGACCAAGCAGUCAAAGUUGUUGACAUUGUCGACACAUUCAGGCUGCAGGAGCAACCUCCCUUUGACAAGAAGCAAUUCAUUGGUUAUAUCAAGAAGUACAUUAAGACGUUGACCCCUAAGCUCGAUGCUGAGAAGCAAGACGAGUUUAAGAAGUCCAUUGAGGGAGCAACCAAGUAUCUGGUCUCUAAAAUCAAAGAUCUUCAAUUUUUUGUCGGAGAGAGCAUGCACGAUGAUAGCUCCUUGGUGUUUGCCUACUACAAGGAAGGUGCGACCGAUCCAACAUUUUUGUACUUCGCCCAUGGUUUGAAGGAAAUCAAGUGUUGAGUGUUUCUUACAGCCACAUAUUUUUAUGUUGUUGUCCUUUGUUAUCUCUACUCGUUGAGACAUCCUAAUUCGUGUGGAUUUUAAGUUAAGAUUAUUUCUAAGGUAUUGCAGUUUUGACCUUGAGACAUAAUGAUUUAUUGCUUAUUUUGGGUUUAAGGUUA